AAUCAUUUCGCAGAGGACUCAACAAAAAAGCUAACAACAUGGACGAAGCUGCUUUCUUUUGUUUAUCUUCUUCGUCCUAAUCAAGUCAAAGGUGGAUAAAAUUAUACAUCCCAGUCACCGGUUCGUUGCAUAUUGGCCAAGAAUAGUGCACAGGCAAAUUCAAAAUGUGCUGGUGUUGUUCCAUCCCAGCUCCACCUACAACUACAAGAAGAAGACCCACCAAACAUCAAUUAUUUCCCACUCCUCCCUUUCAGAUAUACCCAUCACGUUUUUCUGGGUUGCCAGCUCAAGCUCCUCCAUUUGUGGCCUUCCUUCCUCCCUCCCUUCGUCAGAGCUGGGUUUUGUUACUAAAACUUGAUGACUGCUGAAUUCUGCUGUUGAACUAUGGAGGGGAGGAAGGAAGAAUCACAUUCACAUGGGUUUUCUCCGGCGUUAAUUAGGGUUCUUCUUCUUAUUCUCAUGCUUGAAUCUUUACCAGUUCAGCCAUCCAUGGGGUUGAAUUCAGAGGGUCGGUAUCUUCUUGCCUUGAAGAGCAGCUUCGUUGACCCUUCUAAUGCACUGCACAGUUGGAAUCCUAGCGACGCAAACCCAUGUGAUUGGAAAGGUGUGAAUUGCACCGUAGCCGAUUAUUAUAGUUAUGCAGCUGAUCCUCCAGUAGUUUGGUACCUUAAUUUGAGUCAUUUCAAUCUCUCUGGUUCUCUAUCUUCGGCCAUAGGUGGGUUGGUUCAUUUGACUCAUCUUGAUCUGUCUUUCAAUUCCAUUUCCUCAAUGUUGCCAUCUGGAAUUGCAAACUGUUCCGAGUUGGAGACUCUUCUCUUGCAGAACAACCAAUUCCAAGGGCCGUUUCCUCUAGAGUUGGGCAACCUUUCUCAAUUAGUCACUUUGAACAUCUCAAACAAUAGAUUCUCAGGUCCUUUCCCUGACGAGAUUGGCAACCUUUCUUCACUGUCACAACUCAUUGCAUUUAGUAAUAACAUCAGUGGGGGGUUGCCGCGGUCCUUGGGGAGGCUGAAGAAUUUGACAGUUUUUAGAGCUGGCCAGAAUUUGAUAUCAGGGAGUUUGCCUGUUGAGAUUGGUGAGUGUGAGAGCUUGGAAGUUCUGGGACUUGCUCAGAAUCAGUUGAGUGGCGAAAUACCAAGAGAGGUUGGAAGGCUCAAGGGUUUGACUGAUUUGGUUCUCUGGAGCAAUGAGCUUUCUGGAACCAUCCCAAAGGAGUUGGGGAAUUGUACUAGUUUACUCAUACUUGCCCUUUAUGAUAACUCCCUUGUGGGUUACAUACCUAAGCAACUUGGUGACCUUGUUUCUCUAAAGAAGUUAUAUCUCUACAGAAACCACUUGAAUGGGACAAUUCCAAAAGAGAUUGGAAACCUUUCUUCCGCCUUGGAGAUCGAUUUCUCUGAGAACAUGUUGACUGGAGAGGUCCCAACUGAGUUGGGGCAGAUAAGUGGUCUUAAAUUGCUAUAUCUGUUUGAGAACCAGCUUACCGGUGUAAUUCCUGGUGAGCUCACUUCACUGAAGAACUUGACAAGGCUUGAUCUCUCGAUCAACAAUCUAACUGGUGCAAUUCCUGUUGGGUUUCAGUACAUGAAACAGCUGGUUCAGUUGCAGCUCUUCAAUAACUCAUUGAGUGGCACUAUUCCUCAAGGACUUGGAGUUUGUAGCUCUCUCUGGGUGGUUGAUCUAUCCAACAAUCAUCUCACUGGAAGAAUCCCUAGGUAUUUGUGUCAGAAUUCCAAUUUGAUUUUGCUUAACUUGGGGUCAAACAGCCUGACCGGUUAUAUUCCAACGGGUGUGAAAAGUUGCAGCACUUUGGUUCAGCUCCAUCUUGCAGGAAAUGCCCUUUUGGGACCUUUCCCUUCUGAUUUGUGCAAAUUGGAGAAUCUCUCCAGCCUUGAAUUGGGUCAGAACAACUUUUCAGGUCCAAUCCCUCCCAAGAUUGGUGACUGCCGUCUUCUGCAAAGGCUGCAUCUCUCAGGCAACCAUUUUACUGGUUACUUGCCUAAGGAGAUUGGUAAACUCUCUCAGUUGGUGAGUUUUAACAUCUCUUCCAACAUGCUUAGUGGGUUGAUAUCUCCUGAGAUCUUCAACUGCGCAUUGCUCCAACGCCUUGACCUCAGUCGGAACAACUUUUUCGGGUUAUUGCCUAGUGAAGUUGGCAGCCUUUCCCAACUGGAGCUACUCAAGCUUUCGGAUAACCACCUCUCUGGGUCUAUACCAGCAGAGUUAGGAAAGCUUGGCCACUUGACCGAGCUACAAAUGGGGGGUAACUCGUUUUCUGGUUCAAUACCUCCUGAGAUUGGUGAGCUUUCGAGCUUACAGAUUGCGCUGAACUUGAGUUACAACAAUCUUUCAGGUCUAAUCCCUUCAGAACUAGGGGAGCUUGUUUUGCUUGAGUAUUUGCUUCUCAACAAUAACCAUUUGAGUGGAGAAAUCCCGGUUUCCAUAGGGAAGUUAAUGAGCUUGCUUGCUUUCAACUUGUCUUACAAUGACUUGACAGGGCCUUUGCCAUCAUUGAGCCUCUUCCAAAAUGCAGGCAUCAGUAGCCUUUAUGGGAAUAGAGGGCUCUGUGGUGGUGGACCCUUUGGCAGCUGUAAUCAAACUCCAUCCUUGCAGUCUCCAGCUGAAGGCACAAAUAACCGAGCCAGCCGUUUAGGGAAAAUUGUAGCUAUAGCUUCAGCUGUCAUUGGAGGGAUCUCUCUCGUUCUCAUUUUAGUCAUUAUCUAUGUCAUGAGAAGGCCAGUCGAAGUGGUUGCUCCUUUGCAAGAGCAACCAGUUGGUCCUUCUCCAGCUUCAGAUAUUUACUUCUCUCCCAAGGAAGGUUUCACUUUCCAGGAGCUGGUUCUGGCAACAGAUAACUUUGAUGACAGAUUUGUGAUUGGAAAGGGAGGUUGUGGGACUGUGUAUAAGGCAGUCCUGACAAAUGGGCACUGUAUUGCUGUCAAGAGGUUGGCUUCUAGUGGAGAGGGAAGCAACAUUGACAACAGCUUCAGAGCCGAGAUUUUAACACUUGGCAAUAUCAGGCACAGGAACAUUGUGAAGUUGUAUGGUUUCUGCUACCACCAGGGCGCCAAUCUGCUGUUGUAUGAAUACAUGGCGAAGGGUAGCUUGGGAGAGUUGCUUCAUGGAACAAGUUGUUUGGAUUGGAGGACAAGGUUCAGGGUUGCCCUAGGAGCUGCCCAGGGUCUUGCUUACUUGCACCAUGACUGUAAACCCAGGAUAUUUCAUCGCGACAUAAAGUCCAACAAUAUCUUGCUCGAUGACAAGUUCGAGGCCCACGUCGGGGAUUUUGGCCUUGCAAAAGUGAUUGAUAUGCCUCAGGCUAAAUCCAUGUCUGCAGUUGCUGGCUCUUACGGCUACAUUGCCCCUGAAUAUGCAUACACCAUGAAAGUGACUGAGAAAUGCGACAUAUACAGCUACGGGGUGGUACUUCUGGAACUGCUGACAGGGAAAACUCCAGUGCAGCCACUGGAGCAAGGUGGCGAUCUGGUAACGUGGGUGAGGAACUACAUUCACUCGCAUUCAUUGUCACCUGGAAUGUUAGAUUCCAGGAUUGAUUUGCAAGACGAAGGAAACAGUGCUGUCGUCUCUCACAUGACAACGGUCAUGAAAAUCGCCUUGCUCUGCACAAACAUGUCGCCUUUCGACAGACCAACGAUGAGGGAGGUUGUUCUGAUGCUAAUCGAGUCGAGUAUGCGAGAGGGAAUCAAUCACGAACCUGAUCCCUGCACCAGCCCCGAUGCUAGCUCGAGCGAUGAACUGAUUGUACGCGUAGAGGUAUAGCACUGGUUAUUUUUGUACAAGAAAGUGUAUUACAAAUGUUGGAAUGCCUUGAGAAAAGGUUAUAAGAAGAGUUUUAUAUUAACACCCUAAUCUUUAAUCCCCUCUGGACCAUAUCUGAACUAGUUCUAAAAUCAUGUACUUCACUCAAAUUAGUAUAUUAUGGCCAGCCUUUAAUUAGCACACAUUGUGUUAAUGAACCACCA